AGGCUGGGACUUCACUCCGGCAGCGGAGAACGUGUCGGUGCUCCAUCUGCUGCCGCAGCCGCCGCGCCCCGAGCCUGAGCCGCGAUGAGCGGCAGAGUCGGAGAUCUGAGCCCCAAGCAGAAGGAGGCACUGGCCAAGUUUCGGGAGAAUGUCCAGGACGUGCUGCCUACCCUGCCGAACCCAGAUGACUAUUUUGUCCUGCGCUGGCUCCGAGCAAGAAGCUUCGACCUGCAGAAGUCGGAGGCCAUGCUCCGGAAGCACGUGGAGUUCCGAAAACAAAAGGACAUUGACAACAUCACAAGCUGGCAGCCUCCAGAGGUGGUCCAACAGUAUCUCUCAGGGGGCAUGUGUGGCUACGACCUGGAUGGCUGCCCCAUCUGGUACGACAUCAUUGGACCUCUGGAUGCCAAGGGUCUGCUCCUCUCAGCCACCAAACAGGACUUGCUCAAGACCAAGAUGAGGGACUGCGAGCUGCUUCUGCGGGAGUGUGCCCACCAGACUGAAAAGACAGGGAAGAAGAUAGAGACCAUCACCUUGAUUUAUGACUGCGAGGGGCUUGGUCUCAAGCAUCUCUGGAAGCCAGCUGUGGAGGCCUAUGGAGAGUUUCUCUGCAUGUUUGAGGAAAAUUAUCCCGAGACACUAAAGCGUCUUUUUGUUGUUAAAGCCCCCAAGCUGUUUCCUGUGGCCUAUAACCUCAUCAAACCCUUCCUGAGCGAGGACACACGUAAGAAGAUCAUGGUCCUGGGGGCAAACUGGAAGGAGGUUUUACUGAAAUAUAUCAGCCCUGACCAGCUGCCUGUGGAGUAUGGGGGCACCAUGACGGACCCUGAUGGAGACCCCAAGUGUAAAUCCAAGAUCAACUACGGGGGCGACAUCCCCAAGAAGUACUACGUGCGAGACCAGGUGAAACAGCAGUACGAGCACAGUGUGCAGAUCUCCCGGGGCUCCUCCCACCAAGUGGAGUAUGAAAUUCUCUUCCCGGGCUGUGUCCUCAGGUGGCAGUUUAUGUCGGAUGGUUCGGACAUCGGUUUUGGGAUUUUCCUGAAGACCAAGGUGGGGGAGCGGCAGCGGGCCGGGGAGAUGACAGAGGUGCUGGCCAGCCAGAGGUACAAUGCCCAUCUGGUCCCUGAGGAUGGGACCCUCACCUGCAGCGAUCCUGGCAUCUAUGUCCUGCGGUUUGACAACACCUACAGCUUUAUACAUGCAAAGAAGGUCAGUUUCACUGUGGAGGUCCUGCUUCCAGACAAAGCCUCAGAAGAGAAGAUGAAACAGCUGGGGGCAGUCACCCCAAAAUAACGUCUCCUCCCACAGCAGGCCUGGCUCCCUCAGUGUCUCCCUGUCAGUUUCUAUCCGUUGUAGCAGUCAUUUCCCCAGCUCUCUGAUGCCCAAAGAAACUGGGCUGGAAGAAAGACCUCGGGGCUAGAUCUGGGGAGCCUUCAUUUCAGAAUUAGGAAGAGGGAGAGUAGCUGGA